AUGGAGGAAGAGGAGCAAGGUGGACAAGAUGGCCGUGAUACCAAGCAGGCCUCCCUCAUGACGCUUCCAAGUGAACUGAUCCUUCUCAUCGCCGAGAACCUCCAGAUGUACGACGUCAACUCGCUCCUACAGUGCAACAGUCGGCUACACGGUCUACUGAACAUACCGCUCUACAGACGAGAUGCACAAGACGAGAGCAAGGCCAUCGGGACUGCCACGCGCAAUUCAGACAUCGACCUAACGAGACGCAUUCUUGAUGCCGGCUUGAACCCCAACAGUGGAUGGUCCGAAACAUUUCUCCAAGACCAUCUCCUAUUCAAAGCAGUCAAGCAAAGAUGUAAUGCUAGAGACGGCACAUUUAAUGAGACGGAACUAGCCGCCUUCUUCGCGAAGAAUUACCUUCUCAUCGAAUAUCUGGUCUCCCAGGGCGCAAACGUCAAUAACUUCGAUCAACCUCUGUGCUCCCCCUUUCGCUACAUCGUGGCUAACGGCGAUAUAAACCUAGUACGCCUCUUUCUCGAAAAUGGCGCUGAUGUAUCGGCCAAGGACGGCGAAGGUACCGGAUUAGCCUAUGUCAUAAUUGACGAAACGCAAAUAGACAAUCCGAGUAAUGCCGCCCUGCUAGAGACUCUUAGGCUAUUGUUUGAUCAUAAACUGGAUCCUAAUGUGGUUGAUUCCUGGGGCCACACGCCGUUACACUACCAUAUCUAUCGCGUGGGGUGUAGUAUUGCAUGGACUCGGAUGUUGAACCGCAGGGACGUCAGCGACGAGAUAAUAGAGGAAAUACUUAAGAUACUGCUUGAAUAUGGAGCCGAUAUCAACGCCCGAGAUGAGCUUGGUGAAACUCCUCUUUCUUUGGCUAUGGACUUUGUACAGGAUGAGCCGAUAUGCGCUAAGCUUCUGCUUCUGUAUGGGGCCGAUACGUCUCUCGUUGCUCUACCGACCGACGCCGCACGGUAUAAAGCAGCGCUCGAGGUGCGAGAUGAAGUCCGUCAGAUUACUGGUCGGGAUUUUGUAUUUCUCGACACGUAG